AUGAAUCAUGGAUCUUUUUUCAAGGCUACUCGUCCGGGUCUAGACCAUUGGUUCUACUGGAGCAAGAAAAAUCGAUGGCAGACUAUUUUGCUGUAAACAACGACAAGGGCGCCCGCCAAUGCGCAGAAAAUCAGCACACACAACGUAUCAGGAGAAGUUGUCAUGCUCCAGUCAAGUUAAGGACGGAAAAAAUCAGGAAACCUGUGAUCCGCGCCAACU